AUGUAUUCUCAAAAGAACGGAUCCUUCGAACCAACACUGAACAGUCUCACCUCAAGCCUGUUUUAUGAUGCUGAUGAUGAGAUGCUAAAAGAGGAGAAUAUUCUGGAUCUUUCUGGACCGUCCAGUUCAUUGGAAGAUGAUGAGAGGCUUUACGAAGAAGAGCCGCAGUUAGAUAUCCUCCAACUGUUCGAUCAAUACAACAAUGAUCCGGAAGUACUAUAUCGGAGAAGCGAUCUCUACAAACUCGACUUACGAUUCGAAGAAUAUUAUAAUCUUCAAUUCACCGCUUCUGAGUACGGCGUCUCAGCCCAAGCCAUGGAUCUAGAGGAUCAUCAUAAGCAGGAAGAGUUUGAAAUCAGAGAAGGAGAAGAGUCCGAUACUGAGACUGAGACUGAAACCGAAGAGUCCGAUACAAGCAUUGAGGAGGAAUCGGACGAGAGCGAGGAUGAUAGCGAUGAUGAAGAGGAUUCAAUCGUUGAGUUGACUGAUAUGGAGUAUGGAGAAGAGUCAGACAUUGAGAUGAUGACUGAGGAUGAAGACGUUGAUUCGGACCAAGAUGAGCUGAGCGACAAGGAUUCCGGAUUUGAGGAAGUUUCGGCUAUGGACACUAGCGACGAUGAUGACUCGGAUACCGAUUAA